AUGAUGUGUGCUCGACUCAACCGGUCCUUUGUUACCGUCCUGCUCCUCCUGGUCGUGGGCCUGGUUUCUGCAGACCUGCUGGAAACCUACGGAUGUUCCCAGGAUGAAGACUAUUACUGCAAACGGAGAGACGACGGAGUAAGGCGUGAGCCAAUCAAAUGUCAGCGGUGCAGCAACACUCUGCUAGAGGUGAUGCGCGCGGUCAAGGUGCCGCGACCAGAAGAAAGGCGUCACCGCGACUACUGCGAGAAUCUGAUCACCACCCAUGAGGAUUUUCAACACCGGUACCGAGAUACUUUCAACGCGGCGCUAGAACAGUGCAUUUUGCCCGAAAUGCUGCUGUACGACGGAGCCAAAGAAUGCAACUCCGCGAGUGGUGGUGUACUGGCUUCGUGCGCUGCGACGGCGAAUUUCCACGAAUGUCUCUGCAACCAACGGUAUGACUCAAACGAUUUCAGCCGCCUGACAUUUUGUUUCAAGACCGGAGGUCAGAUCGACCUGGAUAAAGCUUGUCCCAAUGGACCUUCUGGCUUCCGUGAUCUUCCCCCCAGGCCCACAAGAAGUCUAUAUCUUAUGCAGAAAGACCAGUUUGCGAAGCGGGUAGGAUCACAUAGGAACGGUCGACGGGAUGAUGAAUAUGAUUAUGAGUGCUCGGAAAAUGGAAGCUCUUUUCCUCCCUGCGUUGAGCUGCAAUUCAGCCCGGUCUUGAGGGAUGGGGACUUGGGUUUCUACAUCGAUGCUAACGAGCGGUGCAUCUUCGUCGACCUUGCAACCUACGAGCCUCUAGAUUACUAUCCGUACAAGGUUCCAGAGGCAGCAUACUUUGACGAAGUCUUCACGGAUGAAGGGUACUACUGGGCGAGACGAUGCUACUGGUAUCCCUUCUCCAAUAAUAUCUGGUGCUGGCAGUUCCCGAUCAACGAGGAAGACUAUGAGAAUUACGCCGACUCCUUGGCCUCUCAGACGCUCACCUUCAGCUCUACAAUCAUUGGUACCGUUCCUGCUACCGCCACAACGUCUGCGUCGGCAGCGGCUGUCACUACAGGUUCAGGCUCUCAGGCGACGCACACCGCAGGAUCUAGCGCCGCGGCAGCAUCUUCUUCUUCUGGGCCAAAAGGAACUACUCAGACAACAAGCAGCGGGCCGAAAUCAGCGCCAGCUUCUGCAGGAUCUCAGUCUCUGGUGCCAUCUUGGAUGUUUGGGCUUGAGCUUCUUGCUCUUCUGUAUUAUGUACUUGUAUAA